AGGCUGCUUUUCAGCAUGGAGGCGUUGCUUUCAGGCUUAACCGCCUGGUUGCCUAGGGAACCGGGCAGCAGAGACAGACGGGGGUUGGUGAAAAGAAAGCGUUUCCAGGUCAGCUCAAACAUGGAGAGAAGAGCAGAGAGACAAAGAGGAGGUGAUGGGCAGGUUGCAAAGGAAAAUGGCUCGGUGGAAAGGCAGUGGGGGGAGGCAGAGGUGCUUGCUCUCAUGUCACUGUGGGACGAAGUGGGAGCUCAGCACGUAGCAGAGAGCAGAGCCACAUAUGAGUUGAUUUCAGAGCGUCUGAGGAGGCUUAGUGUUGUGCGCAGCUGGUGGGAGUGUCAGGCCAAGUGCAGGAGUCUGGGACUUCAGAGCAGGAAGCCUGAAGAAGCAGGCACAGCAGCUGACUACAGCCCAGGAAGCCCAGGAGUGGAUGGAAGGCCAGUGGAGGGCUGGGAGGAAGAGGAGGUGGAAGGUGUGGGUAAUCAGAGAGGCAUCUACACUUCCUCAGUCACAGUCCCAAUGCAGGAAGGAAUCAAGACCCGAAUCCAUCGUUCUCUUCCAUACACCUCCAACGUGCCAGAAGAAGGGGGACGCCACUGGACAGACGACGAGGUGAGAGCGCUCCUGUGCGUCUGGGCCGACAAGCACGUUCGAGAGCGCCUGAAGUGCACGUUACGGAACAAGUCCAUCUUCCAAGAGAUGUCCCAUCAGAUGCAGAGAAACUUUGGGGUGAUACGUAACUGGAAACAAUGUCGGACAAAAUACAAAAACUUAAAAUAUGACUAUAAGACGGCCAAGAGUGCUCACGCUGCUGCCUCCAGCAGUGCAGGAGGCCCGGGGAAGUACAUGAAAUUCUUUGAUGAAGUGGAAGCCAUACUGCUGGACCGCGGACUGGAGAAGGGGAGUCUGGAGAUGCAGAAGAGGCUGUAUGAUGGAGAAACAGGCCUCCAGGCAGGAGCAGGGACAAUAGCCCACACGUCACAGACAUCAGCCUCAGAAAAUGAGGUUGUAAUAGAAAUUGAUGAUGAUGACAACAGCGAUGAUUAUGAUAUUGAUGGAGACACAGAAGGAAACUGGAAGGGAUCAGACCCAUCCAGCUCUGACCAGUUCCAUGUGGUCACAGUGUCAGACACAGGCCGGAACUGGAGUGACCAGGAAGUGCGAGCCUUGAUUCAGGUCUGGUCUGAUGAGCGUGUGUGCAGGCAGUUGGAAAGUUCGACCAGGAAGAGAGACAUUUUUGUCCAGAUCUCCAACAGGUUAAUGCAGCAAGGCAUUGAGCGGGAUUGGAAACAGUGCCAUACCAAGUACAAAAACCUCAAGUACCUUUACCGCUCUCUUCAGAGGGGCAAGACUGACGAAACUGACCCGAGACGCCUUAUGAGGUUCUACGAUGAAGUGGAUGCUAUUAUGAAUCGCACAAUAAAUGACUCGCCACAUGACACAGCAUGUAUGGACUAUCAUAUGGAUUCAGUCCCUCUUCCCAUGUUGGACAGUGAGGAGAAUGAUCACACAGAUGUGUUUUUAACAAAGACAAACCCUAUGACGACAAUUUCAAGAGCAGUAGGGGAAAGAAUCUGUGGCUCUGAUUCUGUCUCCUCUAUAAACCUUGAGAUUAAACACAACAGUGAAGAACGGAGGAUGCACACAGUCAGAGAGCAUCGCUUGGAUCAGCAAAGGUCGACUGGAAAUCCUGAGAUGAGGACAGAAAAAGAGAAUAUACCUUCCACCAACAGAGGGCUGAAGAGGAAAGCAGAGGAUCCAGACCCUUCACACCAGACAGCAGGGAAAAAAUCUGCAAAAUCAGAAAACUUCACUGAUAAUACGAGGGCUAAGUGUAAAGAAGAGCCGGAUCACAUCCCGAUCAUAACAGUCAAUUCAGUGUGUUCAAUGGCCUCAACUAACCCAUCCCCAGACCCACAGGACUGCGGGCUGUUACACAACGCAAUGGAUUCAACACCAGAGCUGAAGAUCGGCCAAAAGCUAAAUGAGGGAAAGACGAAGCAGAUUUUUGAGCUGGUGGACCAGCCCGGACUGGUUCUGGUCCAGUCCAAAGACCAGAUCACCGCUGGGAAUGCUGUCAGGAAAGACCAGAUGGAGGGAAAGGCUGCCAUCGCCAACAAAACCACGAGCUGCGUGUUCAAGCUGCUGCAGGAAUCUGGCAUUAAGACUGCUUUUGUGAAGCAGCAGUCAGACACAGCCUUCAUUGCUGCCCACUGUGAGAUGAUUCCUAUUGAGUGGGUUUGUCGAAGGGUGGCAACUGGAUCCUUCCUCAAGAGGAACCCAGGAGUCAAAGAAGGCUAUCGCUUUUCUCCCCUGAAGAUGGAGAUGUUCUUUAAAGAUGAUGCCAACAAUGAUCCUCAGUGGUCAGAGGAGCAGAUUCUAGAGGCCAAAUUCAGUCUGGCUGGACUCACUAUCGGUAAAUGUGAGGUGGACAUCAUGAAUCGCAGCACCGUGGCCAUCUUUGAGAUUCUGGAGAAGUCCUGGGCCACUCAGAACUGCACACUGGUGGAUAUGAAGAUUGAGUUUGGUGUGAAUGUGAAGACUCAAGAGAUUGUCCUCGCUGAUGUGAUCGACAAUGAUUCAUGGAGGCUGUGGCCAGCUGGAGACAGAAGCCAACAAAAAGACAAGCAGGUGUACCGAGAUCUUAAAGAGGUUACACCUGAAGCAAUGCAAAUGGUGAAGAGAAACUUUGAGUGGGUCUCUGAAAGGGUCAAGCUGCUGCUGGAGUCCCAGUCCCGUGGUCGAGUGGUGGUCCUGAUGGGCUCCACCUCAGACAUGGCCCAUUGUGAGAAGAUCAAGAAGGCGUGCACCUCCUACGGGAUUCCCUGCAUCCUGAGAGUCACAUCGGCGCACAAAGGCCCAGAUGAGACACUUCGCAUCAAAGCUGAAUAUGAAGGUGAUGGCGUUCCCACUGUGUUUGUGGCUGUGGCUGGCAGAAGCAACGGCCUUGGUCCAGUGAUGUCAGGAAACACGGCGUAUCCUGUCAUCAACUGCCCACCGCUCACUCCAGACUGGGGAGCGCAAGAUGUGUGGUCUUCCCUACGGAUGCCAAGUGGCCUCGGCUGCUCUACAAUCCUCUCCCCUGAUGCUGCUGCUCAGUUCGCCGCCCAGAUCUUCGGGCUGACUGAUCACUUGGUGUGGUGCAAACUGAGGGCCUCUAUGCUCAACACCUGGGUUUCCCUCAAAGUGGCUGACAAGAAGCUGCAGGCCUGCAGCGUCUGAAGGGCCCACGGAGUCCUGUGUGCUCGCUAACGGUUCACAUCUGUCAUUGUCAUGUCUUUGUUUACCAUGAAAAAUCCAUCUAACUGUAGAUUAAAUCUACAUGUACUUCAUCACACUCGAAAAGCAUUCCAUUAACAAAGAAUUCAUUAAAAAUUUCUUAAUAACUCUU